AUGAGACCCAAUACAUCCCUCCUUUUAGCAUGGGCUCUCCCUCUGGCCCUGGCGGUCCCAGCACCACUUCCUGUUGAGGAUCGUUCUGCCUUGGAACAACAAAACGCUUAUCUGGAACAUCUGGAACAACGCGCUCCUAAUGAGGAGGGAGCUACUAUAGAAGAGCGGGCUCUUCUCGAAGAACGGUGCGGUGGUGGCGGAUGUGGUAGCUGCACAGGUAGCGGGUGCGGUGGUGUCCAAGUCGCCGCCGUUCCAGAAGUUAUUCAGAGCAGUCCGUGCACCACGUGCGGGGAGGUUGUCGUUCCUGGACCACCAGGACCACCUGGACCUCCUGGACCGCCAGGAAUCUCCACUAUUGGUCCUCCAGGACCUCCUGGAAUGCCUGGCGGUCCCGGUCCAGUAGGUCCUCCUGGCCUUCCUGGCGGUCCCGGUCCAGUCCUCCUGGCCUUCCUGGCGGUCCCGGUCCCGUCGGUCCUCCCGGUCUCCCUGGCGGUCCCGGUCCCGUUGGUCCUCCUGGUCUACCUGGUGCUCCUGGUCCUGUUGGUCCUCCCGGGGGUCCUGGCAUCCCUGGACCCCCUGGGCCAGUGGGUGCUCCCGGGGUGGGCGUCGUCGGACCCCCGGGACCACCGGGACCUAUUGGACCAACCGCUAUCCCUUACCUCAGCUAUGGACUUGGGUAUCCUGGGGGAUAUGGAUAUGGCGGAUUUGGCGUCCGGGGAAUCGGGUACCCUGGAUAUGGCUAUGGUGGUUAUGGAGGAUAUGGGUUUGGAGUGCGUGGCAUUGGGGGAUAUGGAGGAUAUGGCGGUUAUGGAGGGUUUGGUGCCCGUGGUUUGGGAGGAUACGGAGGGUAUGGAGGAUAUGGAGGAUAUGGUGGGGGUUUUGGCGCCCGUGGAUUUGGAGGUCGUCCGUGAACAACAACAGGAUUGGACGUGACACUUCUGCGCUGUCACGUGUUUGAAUGCUACUGAUCUUGGUCAGUUGCUAUAUGCCCGCAGGAUUCCUACCAUCACAUUCAUUUUUUUUUGCCAGGUAGCUACCUAUGUACCUAAUGUUUAUUCAUAGUUGCGCAGCGCUGAAUGAAUCUUAUUUGUUAAAGGAGAAAGAUGUCAUGGACUGAAACAUUAAAUUAGACAUUACGC